AUGUCAGCGAAACAAAAAGAGCAAGAACACCAAAGGGAGAAACAAAAAUUGAAGGAACAACGACAAAAGGAGAGGGCACUGCACACGCAAAAGACACAACUUAUGAAUAUGAGGAAACGUCUGGAAAAAGAGAAAAGUCCUUAUCGAGAGAUUGUGGAUACUAUUCACACGGUGUUUGGUAAGCAGGGAACAGAACUGGCACAUAAUGGAAGUUCGACCUAUGCCGAAGUGACCAAAGAAACGAUCACAGGAAUUGUGGACAUGCUCAAGGAUCACCACGAGUAUAAAGAAGACGACUGCCUCUUUGAUGCUGGUAGUGGCAUUGGUACUAUGGUGUUUCGAAUGUUGGUUGAGUUGCAUUGUUGUGCCUUGGGUAUUGAGUACUGCAACCACCGUACAUUCCUUGCUGCCCAUGCCGCUAUUAAUUUUUUUGCAGAGUACAGGCUCGACGAACGGUUCAACCAAGGAACGAUGCUUGCUCUGGGAGAUCUUUAUAACCUCCAACAGAUACCUAAGCAAGUCACAACAUUGAUAAUGUACGACGAGGCGUUUCCUCCCGGAUUGAUGCUCCACAUGGCAGAUCUCAUCCAGGCAGCCCCGCCCAAUCUCCAAUUUGUUGUAUCCGCAAAGGUCAACAGAGAGAGUUGCUACUCCCAGCUCUUAAUCAACGCAGGAUUAACAGACCUGGGCAAUGUCAAAGGAAGCAAAACGAACAAUGGUGGAGCGACUACAUUUACUCUCUUCAAACGCCUGGAACCCCUAAUGAACAAAGAUGGAGGGUCUGCAGCUCCGGCAACCACGUCAGUGUUGCCUGCACUUGAAAAGUACUAG